GACGACGAGAGCGGGCUUCUAUUGGGCCGAGAGGAAAUAACCGGGCUUUCCUUAAUUCAUUCUGGAUGGGCUUUGGUAAAUUUGUCUUGGGCCUUGCAACCCCGCUGCUCGCUUCCACUCACUCCCCUUGCUCGUCAACAAGCGGGCGAUCCAGCGGCGGCGGCGGCGGGCGGGCGGGCACGGAGCUGUGCGGCAUGGCGAUGCGGUUGGCGGCGGCGGCGUUCAUGCGGCGCCUGGCGCCAACGCGCCUGCCCAUCCCCGUCCCAGCGGCGGCGGGGGCUCCUGCGGCGGAGGCGGAGGCGGUCACGUGCGGGCGCGGGGACAAGAAGACCAAGCGCGGGAAGCGGUUCAAGGGCUCCUACGGCAACGCGCGGCCCAAGCGGGAGAAGAAGAUCGAGCGCAUCAAGGACCGCAUCGAGGUGCCCCGCUCCACACCCUGGCCCCUCCCCUUCAAGCUCAUCUGAGAGGGGGGACUCACUAUAACCCCCCUCCCCCUAGGGUCGCGAGGGUACUAGGGUUUACGGCUACAGUUACUGCUACUUCUCCGUUUCCAAUUAGCUGCACGCCUGGACGGGCGUCUGUUUUUUACUUGGUUGUUUCUCGAAUUACGUGGUGUCAGAUAUGUACUCUCCAACUGCUGUGAUUCAACUUUGGCUAAUGCAAUCCUUAUGGAUGAAGUGCAAUAUGUUUGCUUUCCAUCAUUCAGUUGGUGUAUUCUGUUCUGCGUGCUGAAAAUCGGAAAAUAAAUUGAUUGUUUAUUCA